AUGGGCCAAACAUUCUACGCUCUCACACCUGGGCAUCUGAAGUUCAUAGCCGCCCAGCACAUGUUCUUCGUCGCCACCGCCCCCCUCAGCGCCACGGCCUCCGUCAAUGUCUCACCAAAAGGCUACGACAGCUUCCACGUCCUGUCGCCUACACGGGUUGCCUACGUAGAUCUGACCGGGUCAGGCGUAGAGACCAUCUCUCACGCCCGCGAAAACGGACGCAUCACCAUCAUGUUCAUCGCGGUUGAUGGCCCGCCAAAUAUCCUGCGCUUGUACGGCCGUUGCACUGUGCAUCUGCGCGGGACACCAGGUUUCGAGGAGUCUUUGCCACAGCACUUGCAGGAUAUGGUGGCUGCGCGAGCCGCUAUCGUGGUCGACGUGAGCCGCGUGACGAGUGUAUGUGGCUACGCCGUGCCGUUCUACCAGUUUGUAAAGCAGCGGGAGACGCUUAUCGACCAUUGGGUUAGGAAAGGAGAAUCCGCACUGGAGCCCUAUCAUCGGCUGAAGAACAGCAAAAGCAUUGAUGGGUUGCCGGGGUUGUGGUACCCAUGGCAUGCGCGGUGGUGGCAUGCGUAUUUGCGUUGGCGGUCUCGCUCGAGCUGGGACAGUGCUGUGUUUUUUUGCCUCGGGAUGGCAGCUGGCUCUUUCAUCAUCACACGACCCUUCGCCGAACGCCGACUUGGACUUGGGUUUGGAACCAUAUCAUUUUUGUAA